AUGGGUGGCACCAAUAGCAGUGGCAAUGAAGACUUCAUCUUGGUUGGCUUCUCCAAUCAGCCUCACCUGGAAAAGAUACUCUUUGUGAUUGUCUUGGUAUCCUAUCUCCUGACUCUUGUGGGAAACACGGUUAUUAUCCUGAUCACUUCCAAAAGUCCUAAACUCAAAACACCCAUGUACUUUUUCCUUGCUCACCUCUCCUUAGUUGAUAUCUGCUUUACCACCAGUAUUGUGCCCCAGCUGCUAUGGAAUCUGAGAGGACCAGCCAAGACCAUCACAAACUUGGGCUGUGUUGUCCAGCUCUAUGUCUCCCUGGCAUCAGGGUCCACUGAGUGCAUUCUUCUGGCAGUAAUGGCUUUUGAUCGCUAUGCUGCAGUUUGCAAACCUCUCCACUAUGCAGUUGUGAUGAACCCGCGGAUAUGCAAGGUCCUGGCAGGGAUUGCUUGGCUGAGUGGAAUAGGAAACUCUCUUAUCCAAAGCACUGUCACCAUCUUGCUGCCUCGCUGUGGGCACCGGUGGCUCUAUCAUUUCUUCUGUGAAGUACCCUCAAUGAUUAAGCUUGCAUGUGUGGACGUCCAUGCCAAUGAGAUUCAAGUUUUCAUUGCUUCAUUAGUUUUGCUCAUCUUGCCCUUAUCACUGAUACUGAUUUCCUAUGGACAUAUAGUCAAGGCAGUUUUAAGGAUCAAGUCAAUUCAGGCCUUGCGCAAAGCCAUGAGCACUUGUGGAUCCCACUUAAUGGUAGUGUCCCUCUUCUAUGGAACUGUCAUUGCCAUCUAUGGCCAACCCAAUAGUUCUUAUGCCCAUACUCAUGGGAAAUUUAUUUCCUUGUUCUAUACAGUAGUAACUCCAACCCUCAACCCUCUCAUUUACACACUGAGGAAUAAAGAUAUGAAAGGAGCACUGCAAAGAUUAUUUCACAGAGAUUUGGGCAUGUAAAAAAAAAAAGAAAUAGGGGACAGGAUGGUGCUGA